UGUUAAUCAAAUUUUAAAACUUGAGAGACCACACAGUAAAUUUACCACAAUGAAAUACAAGUAGUGAAAUUGCAGGACUAUUUGAUCCAUGUCAAAUUGUCAAUGUCUAAAGUCAAUGAAUCGGCUCUGUUUGCAAUGAUUUUUCGCCAACAGUUUUCUAAAACCCUCCCUGGAAUAAGAGCGAAACCUUGCAUAAAACGAAUUUUUAGCACUUACAAAACUGGCGAAAGCAGCCAUGCACACAACUUGCUUGACAAAACUCCUCACCGAAAUCUCUCAUUUCAAAUCAUCAAGGAGCACCUUCUGUCGGGUUUUAUCGACAAUAUCAAUGAAUUUACUGUCGCUAACGCCCUCAAAGCUUGCCGUGGAUACCCACUACUCGGAUCCCAAAUCCACGGGUUUUCCAUUAUACAUGAGUUCGUUAACGUCACUAUAGUCUCUAAUUCGCUAAUGAAUAUGUACUGCAAAUCUGGACAGUUUUGCAAAGCUUUAUGUAUCUUUGAGGAUUUGACUCAUCCUGACAUUGUUUCUUGGAACACGGUGCUUUCGGGCUGCCAAACAAGUGAAGAUGCGUUUAGUUUUGCUUGUAAGAUGAAUUCAAGUGGGGUUGUUUUCGAUGCUGUUACUUAUACUACAGUCCUUUCUUUUUGUUGGAGGCACGUGGAAGCCUACUUUCUCAUUGGGUUGCAGUUGCAUUCUUGUAUUGUAAAGUUUGGGUUUGAUAGUGAAGUUUUCGUUGGGAAUGCACUCAUAAGUAUGUAUUCGAGAUGGGGACAUUUAGUGGAGGCUAGAAGAGUGUUCGAGGAAAUGAAAACUAGGGAUCUGGUUUCUUGGAAUGCAAUGAUUUCAGGGUAUAGCCAGGAAGGUACUUAUGGCCUUGAAGCGAUUUCAAUGUUCCUUCAAAUGUUUCGGGGAGGAAUGGAGCUUGAUCGCAUCUCAUUUACUAGUGCAGUUUCAGCUUGUGGAUAUGAAAGGAACUUGGAGCUUGCCAGACAGAUACAUGGUUUGAGUAUAAAAACAAGACAUGAGAAGCAUGUUGCCGUUUCUAAUGUUCUGAUCUCAACAUAUUUUAAAUGCCAAGUUAUUGAAGAUGCUAGAUUAGUCUUCCAAAAUAUGAACGAACGCAAUGUAGUUUCAUGGACUACGAUGAUAUCUAUUGAUGAAGCAGAAGCUGUGUCUUUCUUUAAUGAGAUGAGAUUAGAUGGUGUUUAUCCCAAUGAUGUUACAUUUGUUGGCUUAAUCCAUGCUAUAACAAUUGGGGAGCUUGUUGUGCAAGGAAAGAUGGUUCAUGGGUUUUGUACAAAGACCGGUUUCUCAUCAAAAUCAAAUGUUUGUAAUAGCAUCAUCACCAUGUAUGCUGAGUUCAAGUUCAUGCAAGACUCAGUUAAGGUGUUUCAAGAGCUUAAGUACCAGGAUAUCAUAGCAUGGAAUGCUUUAAUUUCUGGGUUUGUACACAACGGGUUGUGCCAAGAAGCUAUCCGGGCAUUCUUCUCAGGACUUAUAGAAUCCAAGCCAAACCAAUACUCAUUUGGUAGCAUCUUGAAUGCAAUUGGUGCUGCCGAGGAUGUAUCUCUAAAAUACGGUCAAAGGUGCCACUCUCAGAUAAUAAAACUUGGACUCAACACUGACCCAAUUGUUUCUAGUGCUCUCCUCGAUAUGUAUGCAAAGCGUGGGAGUAUUUGUGAGUCUCAAAAAGUUUUUGUGGAGACGCCUCAGCAAAGUCAAUUUGCCUGGACAACAAUCAUCUCUGCCUAUGCAAGGCAUGGGGACUAUGAAUCAGUCAUGAAUUGGUUUGAGGAGAUGAGGAGGCUUGAGGUGAGACCUGACUCGAUCACCUUUCUUUCUAUAUUAACAGCCUGUGGAAGAAGGGGAAUGGUUGAUAUGGGCUAUCACCUCUUCGGCUCAAUGGUUAAAGACUAUCAGAUAGAACCAUCAGCGGAGCAUUAUUCUUGUUUGGUGGAUAUGCUGGGUCGUGCAGGGCGACUAGAGGAGGCAGAGAGAUUGAUGAGUCAUAUUCCAGGGGGUCUCGGAUUGUCUGUGUUGCAAAGCUUGCUAGGAGCAUGUAGGGUACACGGGAAUGUGGACAUGGGAGAGAGGGUAGCCGAUGCUUUGAUGAAGAUGGAGCCAACAGAGUCAGGCUCCUAUGUGUUGAUGUCCAACUUGUAUGCUGAGAUUGGAAAAUGGGAAAUGGUGGCAAAAUUAAGAAAAAGGAUGAGAGUGAAGCGAGUGAAGAAGGAAGUAGGAUUUAGCUGGGUAGAUGUUGGUGGCAUUGACAGUUCCUUGUCUUUACAUGGGUUUUCAUCAGGGGACAAGUCCCAUCCACAAUCUGAGGCAAUAUGCAGGAUGGCAGAAUGUCUGGGAUUCGAAAUGAAAUUUUUGAGAGAGGAAGAGAUAGAGUGUCAGAAACACAGUCUCAUGUGCGAUGGAGAUCUUGUAACCCCUCAAUAAGGGAGGAUAAUUUUUAGCGAGAGAGAGAGCAACAGAUCAUAGGCGGCAUAGUUUAAUGUUUUAAAGAUGGUAAUAUUGUAACCCUCAAUAAGGGGCGGCGGUCAUGCUUUCCAAUGGAAUCAUGCAUUCCUUUCA